GCCGUGAGGGCCCGGCCCGGUCACCUCAGCGCAGCCUGAAGCGGCCCGGCCCGGCCAUGCAGGCCUUUCUCAAAGGCCCGUCUUCUAUCACCACCAAACCACCCGCUGCCAAGGAGAAGAGCGCAGCCGGGAGCAGCGGGGAGGGCAAGAGGCUUAAACCCAUCCCCUGGGUGGAGAAAUAUCGCCCCAAAAAUGUGGAUGAAGUCGCCUUCCAGGAUGAAGUUGUUGCUGUGCUGAAAAAGUCCUUGGAAGGUGCUGAUCUUCCCAAUCUGUUGUUCUACGGCCCACCUGGAACUGGAAAGACUUCCACUAUUUUAGCAGCUGCUAGAGAACUCUAUGGGCCUGAAUUAUUCCGGCAAAGAGUCCUUGAGUUAAAUGCUUCUGAUGAGCGUGGAAUACAAGUGAUCCGGGAAAAAGUGAAGGCAUUUGCUCAGUUAACUGCGUCUGGAAGCCGCUCAGAUGGUAAAGUUUGUCCUCCUUUUAAAAUUGUAAUCCUGGAUGAAGCAGAUUCAAUGACUUCAGCAGCCCAGUCAGCCUUAAGACGCACAAUGGAAAAAGAAUCUAAAACAACACGUUUCUGCCUCAUUUGUAACUACAUCAGCAGAAUAAUUGAACCUUUAACAUCUCGAUGCUCCAAAUUCCGCUUCAAGCCUUUGUCAGAUAAAAUUCAACGGCAGAGGCUAUUGGAUGUUUGUGAGAAGGAACAUGUGAAAAUCAGUAGUGAGGCAGUAUCUUACCUUGUUAAAGUGUCAGAAGGGGACUUAAGAAAAGCAAUUACUUUUCUUCAAAGCGCCACUCGCCUAAUGGGCGGAAAAGAGAUCACAGAGAAGAUUGUCACUGAAAUUGCUGGGGUCAUCCCUAAAGAAACAACUGAUGAACUGUUCUCUGUCUGCCAGAGUGGGUCAUUUGAGAAACUGGAAAUGCUGGCCAAGAAUCUCAUAAAUGAAGGAUACGCUGUUGCUCAACUGGUAAACCAGCUGCAUGACACUGUUGUGGAGAGCAACGACUUCAGUGACAAGCAGAAAUCUGUCAUAGUUGAGAAACUUGCGGAAGUAGACAAAUGCUUGGCAGAUGGUGCUGAUGAAUACUUGCAGUUGGUGAGUCUCUGUGCUGUUGUGAUGCAGCAGCUCACACAGAACACUUAACUUCUCCAGAAGUGGCUGGGCUGGAGGGCAGGGACCUGUGUACUUUUGUACUUUUUCAAUAAAAGGACUGACUGUG